UUACGGUCGAACACAACACUUGUAUGCAAAAAUUUAAAGCAGAAAAAGUGUCUUUUUUUAAAGAUAAUUUUUAAAUAGAAAACAUAAAUAUGAAUUUAAAUGGCAAAGAAUAAUAACAAUUAGCAAAAAAAUAUUAUUAAUAAAAUUAAAUUAAAUAAAAAGUGUCAAGAAGUGUUAAUGAAGUUAUACAUAAUAAUUCUUAAGGAAACAUUUAAAAGGUCAAUUAUAUUUAUUAAAGGCAACUAUUUAGUAUUUAAAACUUUAAAUGCUAAAGGAAAAAAAUUUCAUUAAAAAACGUUUAAGUUAAUUGUUUAUUUAACUAAACAAAAGGCUUAUGAAACAAAGUCUAAUAGAAGAAAAAAAACCAUACAAUUUAUAAUUUAAGAAUAGAAUAUAAAAAAAAAGAAAUUUUCCUUUAACAGAAAAGUGUCAUGUUGUAGUACUCAUUCACUCUUUUCUUUUAUAAUACAAACAUCCUUAGCAUCCUUGUCGUAAGUUGUUAACGUCUCCCAUUGAAAGUUCGUGACUAAAAGGAUACAAAUAUAUAAUAAAAAGGUGCCAUAAUAAAACACGUUAUAUGUUUGCUUGUAUGUCUGUUAGUGAGAAAAAAACUAAAAUGAAAUGAUUACGACUAGUAAAAGAGUUACUACUGCCAGCAGCUAUUACCAGCAAUAUUACUACUAUAACUGAAUACAUACAUACGAGUAGAGCACACAAUUACAAAACUUUUAAUAUUGCUACUACUACCAAUGACACACUAUUGCUACGAAUCCUUUCACUGCUAACAACAUACCAACACACUACAACUGGUAAGGCUGAAACCGAUGUUGAGCAACAAGCCACUUAAGCUACCACCACCAUCAGCAGCAACAACAGCACCAUUACCAACACUUAUUUAAGCCAAGAUAAUCAUCAUCAUAUAAAAUAAAUUACAGAAAAAAACAAACGUUUUUCCUCUCAUUUUCAUUUAAAUGCAAAAAAGCGUUGCUUUUCUUUAUUCGUCUUUUUUUGUGUGAACUUUUUUAUGACGUACUUCUUGUCGCUUAAUAAAAUGAAAUAAAAGGCAUAAUUAUGUUAAAAGGGUUCCCUUUUCAUUCAUAACUGCCAGAAACAACUACUACAUACACAGCUAAGGAUUUGUGCAUAUAAAUCUGUGUGCAUGUAAAUGUCUGCAUAUGUAAUAUGUAUAUGUGUGGUAUACAUACACAAAAAAAAAAAAUACACUUCCAUAAAGGAUUAUAAAUAAAAAAAAAUAAAAUAAAAAUAGAAAGUGAAAAUAAACUGAAAAUAAAAUACUAAAAUCUAGAACAUUGUUAAUGCCCAAACAACCAUGUAUGUUUGCUGUUUAACUUUAAUGUACCAUAUAAAAAUAUAUUUAAAAAACAAAUAAACUCAUAAAAAAUUCCUUACACAAAGUAAACAAAACAACAACAGCCAUUACAGCAAAAUAAACAAAUAUUAACAUGUUUUAUAAAUAUUUGAAAAAUAUUAAAUAAAUAUUUAUACACUCAUUAAAUAAUGUAUGCUUAAUUUGUAAUAACAAAAGCAACAGUGCAAAAAAAACCCCAACAAACGACAUCAUAAAAAUUAAUUAAAUUUAAACAAAAACUAGCAAAUAUAAAAAUAAUCGUCAACAUCAUAAAAACACCAACAGCUAUUUUAUAUAAAAAAAUUAAUAAAAAUUAUUAAAAAAAAAAUAUUAUAAUAAAAUAAUCUCACUUCAUUGCAUGUGUGUAUGAAUUUAAUUACGAAAAUAAUAAAAUAAAUAAAUAAAAUUUUACAACAAUAGUCCAAAAUUUAUUUUAAUUAACAAAUUUAUAAUGGUUUAACAAUUAAAACUAUUGUAUUUAGUGUUUUCAUUAUAUAGUGCUACAUAUACACAAUAUUAUUACGAAUAAAUAUAUUUUAUUUGUAUAAAUAUUUAACUACCUCUAUAUAUAAAUUAUAAAUAUUAUUAAUAUAAUAAUAAAUUUAACAAAAUAAUUAAUUAAUAUGACAAACAUGGAUUAUUGGCUGUUUUUAAUAUUCUCAAUAUUUUUUAUUGAUUUACAAAGUGUAUGCUGUUUAUUUGUGACUGAUUUAAAUGUUCCGGAAAUUGUUGAUUUUCGUGAUAAUGUCACAUUAUCAUGUAGUUAUGCCAUGAGUGGACACACAUUGAAUUCUGUCAAAUGGUAUAAAGAUAAAAUGGAAUUUUUCAGAUAUUCACCUAUGAUGCAUCCGGUUUAUAUAAAGUUUCCGGUGGUUGGUGUACAUUUGCCAGAUGGUAAAUACUAUUGCAAUGAAUCAUCGUGUAGAGUGGAAUUGAGUAUGUUAAGUGCGAAAUCAUCGGGUGUUUACAAAUGUGAAGUGUCUGGAGACGCACCACAUUUUCAACUGGCAGCCAAAGAGGAUAAUAUGACUGUAGCAGCUCUACCUCAAAGUGAUCCAUUAAUAGAAAGCUUUAAUCCCAUGUAUCGUAUGGAAGACUAUCUAAGUGCUAUUUGUACCUCUGAUUAUUCCAGUUUACCCACAAGAUUAACGUGGUUUAUCAACGGUGAACAGGCUUCUUUAGGUGAAUUACAACCAAAUGUUGAUACCAGCAUCUCAGCACAUGGCUACAUUUUACGACGACAAAAACUGCAGGUUCAUUUUUAUUUGAGCGGCCCACGUUUCUAUCAGGCGGGUAAAAUUUUACAAUUGAAAUGUAUAGCGGAGAUUGAAAACUUUCCCGAACUGACACGCGAAACUUCACUGAAUGCUGCCCUGAUUCCUUAUGACAAUUUAAACAAUCAAAUGUUAAUACAUGCCGGUACAAAUGGCGGAAGCUCGACAAGUAAAUAUCCAGCAACUAUUAACAACACAAUCAUUUUAAACAUUGUCCUGGUGAUAUUUUCAACAAUUUUAAGUUUAAAUACUUUAUGAUCUAUUCAAAAUAUGAUGUCAUUUAUUAAAAUAACGAAUUAUUUCUAAAAUAAAAGCAAAAAAUGACAAAUGCUGUAUUGUAGUAUUAGUAUGAAGUAAAGGAAAUAAAGCGGCGAAUAGUAGGAGUAUACUUAGUUUAAGCAACAGCAGCAAUAGAAGGAAAAGAAAAAGCUGUUAUACGAAGCAAACGGAAAUAAAUAUAAAAGGCUGAGUAUAAGAUGUUAUAAUAGGAAUGAAAAAUAAAGCAACAUCAACAAAAAAAUAUAAGGAAGAAGUUACUAUAUCAUAUUAGUUAGUCUAUAACAAAAAAAAACGAAAAACAAGAAUAAAAAAUUAAAAAAAAAAAAUAAGGAAAUAAAUAAAUAAUUAUAUAAUAAAAAUUCAAAGAAAUAAGUGAACGUUAUAAACUUAUAAAUAAAUACAAAUAUUAAGUAUUAUGGAAAGUGUGAGAAGAAGGCAAAAUAUUAUUUAUUUUUCAUUUAAUUUAUUUAUUCAUAUAAUUUUUUGUUUAUUUUGACUUUAAUGUAAAUAACAACAUCCUUUGUACCAGGUAAAAUAAAAACGAGUGGAGGAAUAUUUAAGAUAAAUAUACAUAAAUAAUUACUUACAAAAAAAAAGUUAUGUGUAGUUUGUAUUUAGUAAAUAAGAUUUUAAAAAUUUAAGUUAAAGAAAGAAAAAAAAACAGCAGAAAAUUCAAACAAGAAUUUAAUUCUUAUUUUGCCAGUAAUAAUAUAGGAAAAAUAAAACAAACAAAAUAAAAAUAAAUAUUUUUAAUAAUAGUUAAACAUAACGAAUAUUGUGUUUUAAACACUUGACUAGAUAUUAUUUUACAAAAAAAAAAAAGAAAGAUAAACUUAAAAAAA